GUGCCAGUCUGAUCCUUCCAAGAUAUUCUAGAUGAGGCAAACAGGCAGUUUUCAAUAAGAAUUGAAAAAUACAAUUGUGAAGACAUUCGCAAACAAUUUGCUAGAACGAAUAUAAUUCGUGUUUUCAAUAAAUUAGACAAAGAAAGCUUCAUCAGAAGCACAAGGUCUAAUUAUUAAAGGUUGUGGAGACUCAGUGGGAACGAAGCAACGUUAGGAGAGGGUUCGGCCGGUGAUGUUUCCGAGUUGCACUGGCGGCUGCUGCUGCUACAGCGUGCUUCUUUGGAACGGCAAAACCAUCCCAUCUGAAAUUACUUCAAAGGUGCUAUGGCAGAAGCAAAUUUCCGUGCGCCAAAAAGGAAGAGAAGAGUGUAUGAAUCUUAUGAAGCUCCUUUUCCUGUGCCAUUAACACAAGAAGAAACGACUGCACAUGAACAAGAGCAUUACUAUGCUGAAAUUAUAAAUAACAAUGUAAUUGUAAGGAACCCAGACAAUAUGCAAGCCCUGUAUGGAAAGGGUUAUUUCGGAAAAGGGGUGUUGUCAAGAAGUCGACCAAAUUACAAUAUUUCAGACCCCACUUUAGCUGCCAAAUGGAAAGAUUCCAAUCUUCUGCAUCUGCCCAUAAUUUCAUCAACAAAGUUUCAGCACCAUUUUGAGUGGGCUAAAAGUCUCCUGCAAGAACAAGGGCUGGAAGAUACUUUCAUUGAGAAGAUGUUGGAAAAUUAUACAAAACCAAUAGAGUUGUCAUACAAUAGAAGGAGAAGUGAAUCAGGUGACAGUUCACAAGAAAUAAAUAGUAAUUCCCAAGUCUAUACAGCUAAGGAAGAGUCUGGUGAAAGAGCUGAAAAUACACAUAAUGGAGAAAAUCAACCUGUCAAAAGCACUCGAAAUAAGGCGCAUCAUUUGGAAAGUGUUGCGCUUUAUGAUCCUUUAGCAAAAAUAGGCCAUGCAGACUGUGAAACAGCUGGCAGGGAAGCUCGAACAGAAGGGCACUGUCCCAGGCAUGAUGAUCUCAUUCUUCACUGUGGCUGCCAAUACCCAGAUGAUGUGAACGAAGGUCUGCAAAACGAUUCAAGUAAAGAUGACAAAAUGUCCACUGAACAUGAUUAUGUUCUAGUGGUAGAAAACACACUACUAUGUGAUGGUAAAGAAUUGAGUAGAAAACCUGUAGUCACAGAGAGAUUAGUCUGCAAGAGGAACCCAUUCCGAGUUUUUGAAUAUCUUCAACUCAGUUUGGAAGAGGCCUUUUUCCUUGUCUAUGCCUUAGGAUGUUUAACCAUUUAUCAUAAUGAGGAACCUCUGACUAUACUCAAAUUAUGGGAAGUAUUUAGUCUGAUUCAGCCUGGGUUUAAAACUAACUACAUGGGUUAUCACCACUUCCGAAGUAAAGGUUGGGUGCCAAAAACUGGACUGAAGUAUGGAACAGACCUUUUACUAUAUCGAAAAGGACCUCCAUUUUAUCAUGCAAGUUAUUCAGUAGUAAUUGAAAUGCUAGACAACAGUUAUCAGGGUUCACAACGUAGGCCUUUUACGUGGAGAUCUCUUGGUGGUUUAAGCCGAACCACUGCUAACGUUUCUAAGGAGCUCCUGUUAUGCUAUUUAAUUAAACCAUCAAAUAUGACCGAUGAGGAAAUGGCAUCACCUGAGUGUAUGAAGAAAAUUAAAGUUCAGGAGCUAAUUGUAAGCCGUUGGAUUUCUUCCCGUGAACGCACUGACCAAGAAGAGUUGUAGCAUAUUCUAAGAUAUUAAUAAAGUAGAUUAAUAAGAGCCAAAUAAAUGUGUAAAACUGAAUGAACUGUUGAAGUUAAUAAAAUUGUAAAGGUGAA